UUCAAAGCAAAUUUGCAAUUGUAUUUUAUUGCGCAAAUAGACCCUUAAAACUACUAAGUACGCAGGUCUAUCUUAAAAUGGCGGCUAGAAAUCCUGGGAGUGUAUUGGACCUCGACUGGGUUCAACGAAUUAAUAUCAACUUGUCAGCAGUUAAACGUCGAGCAGAGGCUAUACCUACUCGCCGAGCUGUGAAGAAAGAAUGUCAGGCUGCCUGGCUUUUGAAAGCUAUUUCUUGUAUCGACUUAACAACAUUAUCUGGUGAUGACACCUUUACUAAUGUCCAGAGAUUGUGCCAUAAGGCUGUCCAUCCUGUCAGACAAGAUCUGUGUGAUGCUAUGGAUAUUGACCAGAAAGGUUUAACUGUAGCAGCAGUGUGUGUAUAUCCUGCAAGAGUUGCCGACAGCGUAAAGUCCCUUAAAUUCCUAGGAGCUAAGAUACCAGUAGCUGCUGUAGCUACAGGUUUUCCAACAGGUCAAUAUUCUUUGGAGACAAGAUUAGAGGAGAUCAAAAGAGCUGUUGCUGAUGGAGCUCAAGAAAUAGACAUUGUAAUUAACCGAAAUUAUGCCCUUGGAGGAAACUGGGAAGGUAUAUACAGAGAGGUGCAAAUGAUGAAAGAAGCAUGUGGAUCUGCUCACAUGAAAACUAUUCUAGCCACCGGAGAGCUCGGUACAAUGACGAACGUAUACAAAGCAAGUAUCGUCUGUAUGAUGGCAGGUGCUGAUUUUAUCAAAACCUCAACUGGUAAGGAAACAGUGAAUGCAACACUUCCAGUGGGCCUUGUGAUGACCAGAGCAAUUCGAGAUUAUUACCAAAUCACAGGAUAUAAGGUAGAUUUACACCUUUCUAAUAUAUAAACUCAAGAAUGCAGA